ACUCUAGAGAAGAAUAUUUUGUGUUUCUUGUCUAUGGUUUGCCUGUGGUAGUGUGCGGUUAACUUGAACAGAUAAAUUGAUUUUUCAAGUUUUAUUACACUUAUUACUAAAAAAAUAAAUCUCCAAAAUGGCUCUUCACAUACCUAAAGCACCAGGAGUACCACAAAUGUUAAAAGAAGGGGCGCGGAUGUUUUCUGGCUUAGAAGAAGCAGUCUAUAGAAAUAUAAAUGCAUGCAAGCAAUUCGCACAAAGCGUUCGGUCCGCGUACGGUCCCAAUGGUAUGAACAAGAUGAUUAUAAACCAUAUUGAUAAACAAUUUGUCACAAGUGAUGCGGGCACAAUAAUACGAGAGCUCGAUGUGGAGCACCCUGCCGCCAAGCUUAUGGUGUUAGCUAGUCAGAUGCAAGACGCUGAAGUUGGUGACGGCACCAACUUUGUCAUAGUUUUGUCCGGAGCCUUGCUUGAGGCAGCUGAUGAGCUUCUACGUCUUGGAGUCACAACCAGUGAAAUUGCAGAGGGCUAUGAAAAAGCACUAGAUAAGUGCUUAGAACUACUCCCAGGACUCGUUUGUCAUGAAAUCAAGGACCCUAAAAAUGUUGAGGCUGUUAUCAGGGGUAUUAAACCAUCAAUAAUGUCCAAACAGUAUGGAAAUGAAGAUUUUAUAACUAGCCUUGUUGCUAGAGCUGCUGUUGCAAUCCUGCCUGACAAAACCACAUUCAAUGUAGAUAAUGUCAGAAUAUGCAAGAUCCUGGGAGCUGGUCUACUUCAAUCAGAAGUCCUCUCAGGAAUGGUGUUCAAACGGGAAGUUGAAGGAGAUGUAUCAAGUGCCUUAAAAGCGAAAGUUGCAAUUUACUCGUGCCCAGUAGACAUCACUCAAACAGAAACAAAAGGCACAGUGCUCAUCAAGACUGCUGAUGAACUUUUAAACUUUAGCAAGGGGGAGGAAUCUCUACUGGAGAAACAAAUAAAAGAAAUAUCAGAUACCGGAGUGAAAGUUAUAGUUGCUGGAGCUAAAUUUGGAGAUAUGGCUCUGCAUUUCCUUAACAAGUAUGGUAUAAUGGGGGUCCGUCUUAAUUCCAAAUUUGAUUUACGUCGCCUGGCCAAAACUGUUAAUGGUGUGGUACUGCCCAGAUUAACUACACCGACAGCUCAAGAGCUAGGAUACUGUGAUGCAGUCAGAGUGGAAGAGGUUGGAGACACCCGUGUUGUUGUGUUCAACAUGGAGAGCAAAGAGUCUCGCAUCUCUACAGUAGUUAUAAGAGGUUCAACAGAAAACUACAUGGAUGAUAUUGAAAGAGCCAUAGAUGAUGGUGUGAAUACAUUCAAAGGCAUUGCUAGAGAUGGAAGAUUUGUGGCUGGUGCUGGGGCAACUGAAAUAGAAUUGGCUCAACAGCUUAUGCAAUAUGCUGAUACACUGCCAGGACUGGAACAGUACGCUGUCCGUAAAUUUGCUGUAGCACUUGAGAGCAUUCCGCGCGCUUUAGCCGACAACUCGGGAGCGAACGCCACAGAAGUUAUCAACAAUAUUUAUAAAGCACACAGGGAAAACAAUAAGUACGCUGGAUUUGAUAUUGAUUCAGAAAACAAUGGAGUUUGUGAUGUAAAUGAAAAAGGUAUUCUCGAUUUAUAUGUACUGAAGUACUGGGGCCUGAAAUAUGCAGUUGGAGCCGCAACUACAAUUUUGAAGGUUGAUCAAAUCAUCAUGGCGAAGAGAGCGGGUGGACCAAAACCUAAAGCAAAGGCCAGCAGUGAUGAUGAAUCGUAAUAACACAAAAAUCAACAGUUAAUUAUAAUUGUUAAAAUGAAAAUAUUUAAAUUCUUAAUUAAACACAUUUAUUUUUAACAGCUGCACCUCCUGUGUGAAAGCUUCAUUAUAAUAAUUUUUGUGCUCUACAAAAUUAUAACAUUUUAGUUGUACUAACGUGUCUAAUGAUACUAAGUAUUAAAAUUUAUUUAAUAUAA